UGUUACCAACACACACAUGCUACUUCCGGAUCAAAAUAUUUAUAAAAAUCCUUAAUUUGUCUUUGCUAUGUCUAUUGAAAAUAUGUUGAUGUAGUUUUUUAAUGUAACAUUACAAAGAUAAAACACCAUGAGUCAACUUAAAACAAAUUUUGCAGUGAAAAGCAAGUAUGAAGCAUUCUACACAGGUGGGAAAAUACAGAUAUCUAAAGACGGGCUAUACCUGUUCUGUGGAUGUGGUAACAAAGUGAACGUGUUGGAGAUAUCUACGGGAAAAGUAACGAUCACUAUCGGAGAGGAGCAGGAGGAGGAAAUAACAAGCUUCUGUCUCAGCCCAGAUGAUCAGUUUCUGAUCCUAGCAACAAAACACCUCUUGUUGAGGCAAUGGGACUGGAGGAAUAAAAAACUGAUCAGGUCCUGGAAGGCAAUCCACUAUGCGCCUGUGGUGUGUAUGGGGUUUGACUCCACGUCCACCCUGCUGGCCACGGGCGGGGCUGACUCAACCGUUAAACUGUGGGACAUCCACAAGCAGUACUGCACACACAACCUUAAAGGCCACCAGGGGAUUGUCAGUGCAGUGGCAUUCCAUCCGGACACAUCUCGCCUACAGCUGUUCACAGCGGGUGAAGACUACAAGGUUCGGGCCUGGGACCUGACAACCAGCAGGUGUACAGCAGUGAUUGGUGCUCACUACAGUCUUGUCACAACCAUCUCAUUCGGACACGAUGGCAAAUCUGUUUACACAGCUGGACGGGACGGAGUGGUUGCCAAGAUUGAUACCAGUUCUCUUAGUGUCAUCAGGACCAUACCUGUGUUCGAGGUUCUUGAAGCACUUGUUGUGUUGCCUCCGGACUGUGACUACCCAGAUGUGAACAUCGACAGCGGCUCUGACCACUUUAUCACAGCUGGCAAUAAAGGUGCACUGCGGGUGUGGAAUGCUGAGACAGGGAAGUGUGUCUACACAACCGACCCGGUCCAUGCCACCCAACAGUCGGAAACACCCGCCAUCACGGAUAAACAGGGCGAUGACGGUCAGAACAUCACCCAGCUGUUGUACAACGAGGCGAUGAACACCAUCACUGUGGUUACAUACUUUCAGAACAUCUCAAUCCUCGGCCUUGAUAAACUCAGGCUCCAAAAACAGUUUGCAGGGAACAAUGACGAGAUUCUUGAUGUGAAGUACUUCGGAGAGGGGGACGGUUACGCAAUCGUGGCUACAAACAGUCAGCACAUCAAGGUCUUCGAGCUUGAGACGUGGAACUGCGAGAUUCUGUACGGACACACAGACAUCGUCCUCGCCAUCGCACACAUUGACAAGACUGACAUGUUUAUCAGCAGUGGAAAGGACAACACUGUGCGCGUGUGGCAAAUCAACCCGGAGGUGAAGCAGGUAUCAUGUCUCGCUGUUGGUCAGGGACAUACUGGGGCUGUUGGAGCCCUCGCCAUGUCCAGGUUAAAGGCUGGUUUCUUUGUGACUGGAAGUGAAGACAGUACUCUGAAGGUGUGGCAGCUGCCCUCUGACCUCUCCACCACCGUUACCAUGGAGAUUCAGGCCACCAUGACAGAGAAGGCCCAUGAGAAGACUAUCAGCUCGGUGUGUAUCGCACCAAAUGAUAAGUUCAUAGCAACAGGAUCAAUGGAUAAAACUGCCAAGAUCUGGGCUGCCAGUGACCUGCGGUUGCUAGGAGUAAUGAGGGGACACAAGCGUGGCAUCUGGUCAGUCCAGUUCUCCCCCAUUGACCAGAUUCUGGCCACCUCAUCUGGAGAUGGAUUGGUCAAGCUCUGGUCACUCACUGACUUCUCCUGUGUUAGGACAUUUGAAGGUCACGACUGUGCUGUGCUGAAGGUGUCAUUUGUAACCAGAGGGAUGCAGCUUCUUACAAGUGGUACAAAUGGUCUGGUGAAGCUGUGGACAAUUAAGACGAACGAGUGUGUGCGAACCCUUGAGGAGCAUGAGGACAAGGUCUGGUCCCUGGCUGUUGGGGAAAAGGAGGAUACAUUCAUUACUGGUGCCGCCGAUGCCAGCCUCAUUGUCUGGCAGGAUGUGACGGAGACUGAGCAGAUAGAGGCGAGGGAAAAACAGGAACAGGCUGUCCUACAGGAGCAGGAGUUGAGUAACCUGAUACAGCAGAAGAAAUACCUAAAGGCCAUUGGGCUGUGCAUCACCCUUGAACAACCCUUCAGACUCCUCAACAUACUCAAGGAGAUAAUGUCCGGGGAUGAUGGGGAGGAAAAACUCCAGGAAACAUUGGAGAAACUCCGGAUGGACCAGAUAGAUGCACUGCUGCGAUUCAGCGGUCAGUGGAACACAAACAGUCGUCACUGCCAUGAGGCUCAGGUGGUGGUCUCCUGCGUGUUGAAAAUGUACCCUCCCGCCAAACUACAACAGCUGGCCAACCUGCGAGUCUCACUCGAGGGCCUCAUACCUUACUCAGAGCGUCACUUGAGCCGUAUGUCCCGCCUCCUGCAGCAGUCAAUGUUUCUGGAGUACACAUGGCAGUGUAUGAAGGGCAUGGAUACGGACAAAGUUCAGAGUAGUGUGGAAUUGGACACAGCAGCUGCCAUUCCAGGCAUUCAAAGUGAAAACAAAGGUAGCAAAACUGGAAUGGUGGACAGUGAAGAAACAUCUGAGAGUGAGGAGUCAGAUCUUGGGGAAGAGAUUGCUGCUGGUGGUACACAUCUGGAAGCUUCAAAGGAACGCCUAAGCUCAAAACAAGACUCUGAUAGUGGUAGUGACAGCUCUUCUGAAAGUGGAAGUGAUAGUGACAAUCCUGGUGUAUCAAUAUCACAACAGAAUAAAAUGAAAACAUCCAAUAAUAAGAAAACUGUAAGACAUGAUUCUGUAUCUGAGAGUGACACUUCACCUGAAAGUGACCUUGAUACUCAAGAUAGAACAGUUGAAUCUGGGAGUUCAGAUAGCGAUGAUUCGGAGGAAUCUGAAGGUCAGAGAGUAGAGUCAAGAAUAUUUUCUACAGAAAUGGUUCAGAAGAAACUUUUCAAAGAGCAGCUGACUAAAGAAAAUAGAAGUCCUGUGAAGAACAUUUUGUUUGACACCCCAAUGGAAAUAGGUAAAAAUCCCAAUAAGAAGCGAAAGAUCACAGACCAGUUCACCGUGGUGAAAGACCACACACGCGAAAAUGGAGGUGCAUUCACGAUUGACAGAAAGGCCGGGCAACCAGAGGUGGGGCGAGGCAGGGGACUCGGGAACAAGAAAAGGAAGGUCACUAGGGAUGAUAAACUCAAGAAGCUUAAAGGGCCUGCAAGGAGAUAGUGACUGUAACUUGUCUUGUAACCUUUUAUCAAUAAAAAAUGGAUUUUUUGUUU